CACAUCAAUUCUUCGUAUUCUAUUGUCUUUGUAUUUAUUUUUUAUUUCCAUUUCAGUGCCUUUAAUUUAAUUUUUGCUGUUCUUUUUUUUUCUUGAAAUUUUUAGCUCUGUUGAUUAGAACACGUUAGCAAUCGAAGUUCAAGUGUGGUCCUAUUCGUAGCAGACGUGAAGUAAUCAGUCAUGGUUAACUUUUUCUCCAAUAAAAGGAAAACUGAUAGACAGGGCUUCAACAGAUAUGCUGAAGAAUUGAACCGAUAUCAACAGAAUUCGGUUGCUGGUGUCCCCAAUAGUGGGAUGACCAGGUCGGAUUCACUCAGCAAUGGAGCUGGUCAGGCAGCCAUGGCUGCGUUGAGAAUUCAUCAACAACCCAAACUGCCACCAGUCCAACAACUGUAUCAACAAAGGCAAUUGCCCCAUACUCCACAGUCUCGUCUGAACUCAAUCACCUCCAGACUGCUGCUGGUGCACAACAAUAUUUCAAGAUCAAAUUCGUUACGCACAUAUGUGUAUCAUCCAAAGGCUUCAUAUGUUGCUGGACAACCUCUUUCAUCGGAGCAAUUAUCUGCAAAUGCCGCUGCAAAUGCUCAUGCAGCCAUGAAUGGCGGUAACAAACGUCUCAACUCCCUUAGCAGCAACACUUCAUCUGUAAGACGUACAAAUUCCUUAACGAACCGUACUAACUCUUUGACUAAGCGCUCUAAUUCUUUGACUUCACAAGAAUAUCGUCCUCCUGCUUUCCAUCUGCAACAUUCACCUAACAAAGGGUCGCCUGUUAAACCUCCUGUGGUUUAUGAAGAAAUGGAUGAAUUGGAUGAAGACCCAGACCUUUCCCACGGAGUCAUUACUUCAACCAAAACUACGAAAAUUGUAGAUUCUCUGGGAAGAACCACUUCGAUCACCAUUGAGACAAUCAAAACUCUUCCUGAUGGGUCAAACAUUAUAGAAACAAAAACAAAAACAAGACCCACUAGCAAACCUAAUUCGCGGUCAAACUCUCUAACGGCACCUCCUGUUCUUAAUCAAGGUUUUCGGUCUAGUAGUAUGACCUCUCAACAAGGCUCUGCUUACAACUUGACCAAAAUCGAUGAAGAUUUACACGAUUUUGACUAUGAUUUCACUCAACCAAAUCAUCAACAAACAUCUCCUAUUCAAUUGGAAAGAAGCCCAUUAAGACCAUUACCGAUAGAAAAUGGAGGCAGUAGAGGCUCUACGGAAGCACAACCUCCUCUUCGGUCAAUCUUGAAGAACUCGGCUAAGAAUCUAGAGAAGAUCCAAACCCAAUACGCCGACGACACUACAACUAAAAGUCCAGCAGUGGCUGCUGCUGCUGCUGCCGCUGCUGCUGGAGGUAGCGCUCGGGGAAGUGCCCCUAGUUCGCCUGGUAGAUCAGACCAAGAGACCAUUAGAAGUAACAGAACAGAUGAGGAUGAGGAUUUUGCAGAUGCUUUGGAUACCUUUGGUAAUAAGAGUGGUAAUAGAAGAUCCUUUAUUGAUGUUGGCCAGCCCAAUUUAGUUAACAAAAGAUCACACCCAUACAAAGAGUUGGAUAAAAAGAAACCAUCGCCAUUAGGAGCAGAGCCAACCAUUGCGUCAUCUUCGGGAUAUAAGCCAACAUCACCAACUAUUGAUGAGAAUAUUCCAGUAUUUACAACCCCAAUGACCCUUCAACCAUCACCAGUGUUGACAACUUCAAAGAAAUUCCAAGAAGCUCCACAACUCAAUGGACUGGUGAAUAAAGAUUCAAGACCGCCUGUAACGAGUACUAAUGAUCCAAGCCCACCACAAAAUUCGUCUGGAGGAUCUAUCAAAUUCCUCGAUACAGUUGAAGAGAUUCCCAACAAGCCAAUCAAGCCAAUUCGUCUUACUGAAGAAGAAAUGUACGAGCGUGCACUUGAAGCUGCAAGGGUGAAAGUAUAUGGGGACCUGUACUCAUCGUCUCCAGAGAGAAGUUUAUCACCUACAGUCCGCAGUACUAGUAGUCCAAAACCCGGUUUGGUGAGCGGGUCUCCUGCUGGUGUUUCGCCAGUAAAUGGAACCAAAAAUGGUGGACGUACGAUGUCAAUCACAUCAAAUCUUUCGUCUCUUCUUGAUGAAGCACGUAAGAACAAAAAACCUGUUCAGAUUGGGAAUAAUCACCUGGCACACCUUAACCAUUAUGAAAUGAAUGUAAACGGAAUUAAGGAUGACUAUCAUUAUCAGAAUCACCACCGUGAUUUCACGAGACAUUCCUUAAGGGGGGAUUCCUCUCUGUCUGAGUCCAUGUCGUUAGGUGCUGCUAUUGUUUCGCCUCCAAGAAGAAAGGACCGUGCCAAGGAAGAAAAGAAACUUGCAAAGUUGAAACGUGAAGAGGAAAAAUCAGCUAAAAAGCAAGCUGAUCUAGCCAAAAAGCAAGCAGCAAAGGAUAAAAAGAGUAGUGGACUCACGGGUGGUAGCCGAAUUUCUUCUUUAUUCGGUUUGAAAAAGAAAACUAGCUUUGUGGGAAUAAUUGACAGUGAUUCGUGGCAAGAAAGAGAAAAUGAGGAAAAGCAAAGGAUUGAAACAGAACGGAGAAUGGAAGAAGAUCAUAUAUUGAAUGAUCAACAAGAACAGUUUCAAGCUGAAACGCAAUUUCAUCAACAACAAUUGAUGAAUGAAUCUGAUAAACCUAGUGACAUGUAUCAAUAUAGAACUCUUGAUACUCGGUCGGUACCUACUAUAGAGGAAAGCGAGUUCGAAAGUGAGUCAAACGAAGUUUCAAAGUCACUUCAACCAGUGAAUAAGACGGAGUCCAAUCCAAAAUCACUGUCUAACGUUGUACCCUUACCCGAGCCAACCAUCAAGGAGACUACUGUUCCCCAUGGUCUGCGGUCGCCAGUGGUGCCUCUCAUUGUGACACUGGGCGUCUCUGAAAGUGUAGACAAAUUCCCUGAGCCUACAAUCGAAGAAAAGUCACUCGUUGGUUCUCCUACUGCCGAUUGGUCUCCUCCAGUUGAUACAUCUACUCCUGAAAUAAAGUUGACUGAUCACGAUAAUCAAGAUGUUGAUGCUAAGAGAUUGGAACCUUCUAUUAAGUUGCCAAAUGACAUUUUGACCGACAUCGAAGAACCAGAUACCAUGGCCGCAUAUGCCGCAUAUGCAGAUAAUUCACCUUUGAAAUCUAAUUCACCAGUUCACGAUUUUGAUACUGUGGUUAAACAAGAUACCAUGUCCAACGGGGUAACGCAAGAUGUAGAGGAAGUGGAAUCUCUUGGUGAGUUUGAUGAAGAACUGCUGAUCCGUGAAUAUUCACCUGAAGAAGAGGCGCGCUUAGAAGAAAUAGUUAAGGAACCACUGCUGCUGCGCAGAUCAUCAGUAGCCGAUAUUGCGUCAAUGUCAGGCUCAAUUGCGGAGAAAAUCGAAGGUAAAAAAGAUAAUGAGGACAACUCUGCCUUGGAUGAAUUCACAAAGAAGUUGCGGGCUGCAGUACAAACUGUGGGUACUGAUGCAGAUUCAGUUGGUCUGGUAGAUCCUGACGAAACAUUUGAUUCUGAAUUGAAUUUGGAUAGUAGACGUACUUCACCUGGGGAAUUGAAAGAGGUGUUGGGGAGACUGUUUGAUGGGAAUGAGAGGAAUGUCAAUGGUUCAAAUAGCUCUUACAAUGGGAAAGAGGUGUCCGUUAAUGGCGGUACCCCAUCUCAAAAGACAAAAGCCAAUGAUAUACACGAUAACUUUCCUCCUCCACCUCCAGAAAAACUCUUUCAAGAACCACCAAGAUUUACAAAUGGAGCAUUUCAAGAACCAGGUACUCCACGAACAUCUUCUCAGUCCCAUCGGAAUGGAUCUUUGCCAUUUAUGGAUUCCCCAGAGAGUGGAAUUCGCUCCCACUUUUCACGCCUAAGUACAAAUAACAAGGAAGUAGUCAUCGAAACAAAUCACACUCCAGGAUCUAGCCCUCGUAAGGGGAAAAUGAAGAAGAAAAUUCUUAAAUUAUUCGUAAAUUCAUAUGACCAUCAAUAA